GGCUGGGUCAAAGGGGUGCAUCGCCAGGCUAGUCUCCAGUGGGCUCACAGCCUGGCUUCUGCUUGGUCGGUCUUCCGAGGUAGACUGGCCUGGGACAUGGAGGCUUUACUCUCAGAUGUGGCGACCAGAUGUGGCUUUACUCUCAGCUGGGCGCCUUGAACGAGUUCAGAAAUGUUCUUAAGACCAGAAGAGGCGAGAACCCCUUUGCUUGCGAGAGCUGCACAAGCAGGCUGGACGCGCCCCCUUUCCCGUUUCUGCUUUGCAAAGGGUGAAGAAAGGAAGAUUGACUGGCGGAAAUGGAAGCAAGGAAAAAAGGAGGAGAAGAAAAAAUGGAAGGAGAUAAAGCUGCUGAGAAAAUUGGAAAAGAAGAGAAUGCAGGAGCUGGUGGAGAAACAGAAAGAAGAGGCGAAGCCCGAGGAAGACAAAGGGCGUCACUAUACGGUCAGUGUUGCCCUUCCGGGCUCCAUUCUCAACAACGCGCAGUCACCAGAGCUACGAACUUACCUCGCUGGCCAGAUUGCCAGGGCCUGCACCAUCUUCUGCGUGGACGAGAUUGUGGUGUUCGAUGAACAAGGAGAAGAUCCAAAGACUGUCGAAGGAGAAUUUGAGGGGAUCAAGAAGAGAGGGCAUGCCUGUGUUCAACUGGCCCGGAUUUUGCAGUAUCUGGAGUGUCCACAAUACCUAAGGAAAUCUUUUUUCCCCAAACACCAGGAUCUGCAGUUUGCAGCACUGAUCCACUCACUUCUUGUUCCAGACAGCAGAACAUGGAAGGGCACAGUAGUGUCGUCACACAAGCCCCGAACCGUUUCGGGCCUUUACUGGGGCUACAGCGUUCGCUUAGCUUCCUGUUUGAGUGCCGUGUUCGCGGAAUGCCCUUUCAAAGAAGGCUACGAUCUCUCCAUCGGGACGUCUGAGCGGGGGAUCUCAGUGGACCAGGCCCCCCUGCCUCCUUUCAGCCACGCUCUGAUCGUUUUUGGCGGCCUGCAAGGCCUAGAAGCCGGUGUGGAUGCUGACCCAAACUUGGAGGUCUCAGAUCCAAGCACGGUGUUUGACCUGUAUCUGAACACCUGUCCGGGGCAAGGGAGCCGCACCAUCAGGACUGAGGAAGCAAUACUCAUCUCUCUAUCAGCGCUGAGACCCCGGAUUGACGAGAAAAGCAAAGAAAAGCAGCAGCAGCUGAAUAAAAGGCACCAACCAGAUGUAACAAACUGAACACUUCUCGACUGGCCCCCCAAUUGCUCUUGGUGACUAAACUAAAAAAGGUGACUGGGGGACUUAAAUCCCCCAAAUUGCUUGAACAUGAUUCCCACCGCCUGAUAAGGGUCAAGAAGCAGAACAAAAUGGACUUGUAGGGUGAAAACAACUUCAUUUGGAGCACCCAAACGCAGAGGAGGAAUUGGGUGAGCUGCAAGGUUGGCGGAGGCUGUGGAGUCUUAGGAGAAAAUUCCAGUUCUGAACAUGUCUACAUAUGUAAAGCAGGAACAACAUUAAUAAUUCUAUGGUCUACCCUGCAGACUUCCAAGGAAGAUGGAAUUUUAAAAAAUGAAUGUCUGGCAUGAUAAAAUAUGAUAUUGUAGAGUUAUUUUAAUAAAACGGGCAACUUUCUAAA